GCCAAUCUCCCUUAGUGGCUCACGGCCAUCAUCUCAUUGGACGAAGAAGAAGAAGUUAUCUGCGAGGAGGAGGAGGAAGAAGAGUUGGCUGAAUUUCUUGUUUGGAAGGGCGCAAUGACUGAAGAGGAUAGAGAAGGCGUGAAAGGAAUUCUAAAAGAUGACGACAGGACAGACGACCGAGUCAGAGGAGGCUGUCUUUCGCACCCAAGGACGAAGUAUUCGCCAUAAGGUCCGCGCAGAGCAGCGUUCUAUCAAGCGCAACUUCCAUGGUUCAAGACCAGCCACCAUGUCCAGCCGAGCAACUCCCGACUGCCGAACCCAACCAACCUCUCAACCCUGUACCCUCGAAGAAGGUGAUAGUGGACUCGCCCGUGACGGAUGGUGAUCGUCGUCUGGAAGAGCGGGCUUCCUCUCCGACCCUGGUGUGCGCCCUCAUUGUCCUUGCGCUCUCCUGCUUCGGCAUCGCCUUGACUUUCGCACUUUCCCGAGGGGCACCCGAACACAUCUCGAACACCGUGUCGGAAGUGCUGGGCAAGACCAAAGCACCCUGCGAGACGGUCACGGCAUCGCUGGCUGAACUGGAACCAGCUUCAACCCACCUCAUUCCGCUGGUAGUGAACCUGACGGAAAACAAAACUUCAAACGGAGCGCUGUCGCGAAAUAGAUGGAAAGCCGCCGCUCAACUUCUUCUCAACGAUUCUCUCAACUCUUUAUCUUCAACGUGACAAUAGUAUAUGCAUGCGCAAUAAAAUACUAAUUUUACU